CGAUUGGUUGUGGGAGGAGCGUGGUGCGCGUGACUCUGACAGGCUGUCACGCGGACACCCGCGCGGGAGGAGGUUUUCCCUGCGCUCGCGCUCGUUUCAUUGCGAAGAAGAAACCCCUCCGUGUGACCGGUUUGUACUGGUGUUGCGGUUUAAUAAGCGACCGUGUUAACUGGUGACUUUGAACCGAACGCGUCCGUUGUUGUCGUAGUUACCGGCAGCUGUUGAACAUAGGAAGAUAACACGUAACUGCCCUCCGUGAAUGGCCCAUUGUUUAAUUUAUUAUGUAUAUUUAAUAUGUAUAUGAGAGGUUUUCACACUGUGUUACAAUAUUAAAACCAAGCGGCAUUCACGAGGACAGCUAUACGUGUUCUCUAUCGUAACUAGGCAACAACGGUCGCGUUCGGCUGAAAAGUCGCCAGUCAACAGGAUCGCCUGUUAAACCGUAACACCGGCCAUCAUCUUCUUCCUGCUUUGCGCCGAAAGAGAACAGGGAUGAGUCGGUGCCAAGAACCAGGUGGCGGUGAGGAGCAGGAGGAGGUGACUGGGAUGGUGUGUCAGGAGGAGGACCUGAAAGAUGGACAAAUGAAGGAGGUGGCUGUGGGGGACCAGACGGUGUUGCUAGUUCGCACUCAGGGUCAGUACAGUGCUGUUGGAAGCCGGUGUUCCCACUACAACGCUCCUCUUGUCAAAGGAGCGCUGGUUGGAGACAGAGUGAGAUGUCCCUUUCACGGUGCUUGCUUCAAUGUCAGAACUGGAGACAUCGAAGAGUAUCCGGGUCUGGACUCUCUGCCUAGUUACAAGGUAAAAGUCGAGGAUGGCAAGGUGUACGUUUCCAUACCCAAAAAUUCUCUGAGGUUGACGAAGCGCGUGAAGGAGAUGUGCAGCAGGGCGCCGGACGUCCAACACACUAUUGUGCUGGUAGGAGGAGGCCCUGCCUCGCUCGUUUGUGCCGAAACACUUCGGCAGAACUGCUACCGAGGUCGCAUCGUCAUGGUGACCAAAGACACCCUGCCUCCCUAUGACAAGCCCAAACUGAGUAAGGCCUUGGAUGUGGACAGCUGCAGCAUCCUCCUCCGAACGAGUGACUUCUACCAGCAGCUGGAGGUGGAGGUGUGGACGCAGAAGGAGGUGGUGUCGGUGAAGCCGGCCGACAAGGCGGUGCUGCUGAGCGACGGCUCGACGCAGCGUUACGACCAGCUGCUCAUCGCAACCGGCUGCAGAGCGCGACCGCUCGACUGCCCGGGUCGGGACCUGAAGGGCGUGGAGCUGCUGCAGAGAUACGAAGACGCCAAAGAGAUCCACGACGCCGGUCUGGGCCGGAAAGCCGUCGUGAUCGGAUCCUCCUUCAUAGGGAUGGAGGUGGCGUCCUACCUGUCGGACAAAGCUGCCAGCGUGGCCGUGGUCGGCACGUCCGGAUGCCCGUACGAGCGGUCGCUGGGGCCGGAGAUCGGCAGGAUGAGCAUGCAGAUGUUGGAGGAGCAGAGCGUGAAGUUUUACAUGAACGACGCGGUCGCCGAGAUCCAAGGGGAGAACGGGAAGGUGAAGCGGGUGGUGCUGAAGAGUGGCCGAGUCCUGGAGGCCGAUGUGGUGAUCGCCGGAAUUGGUGUAAUCCCCAAUUCAGACUUCUUGGCAGGAAGCGAGUUGGAAGUGGAUUUGAGGAAAGCUGUGGUCGUUGACAAGUUCAUGAGGACCAGCGUAGCCGACAUCUUCGGCGCCGGAGACGUCUCCUCGUUCCCUCUGACCAUCCGUGGAGACCAAAGGGUCAACGUGGGUCACUGGCAAAUGGCCCACGCUCAAGGAAGAGUCGCCGCCUUGAACAUGCUGGAGAAACCAACCACGUGUGAGUCCGUUCCGUUCUUCUGGACUGUGUUACUCGGGCAGAGUAUCCGAUACACGGGCUAUGGGGAAGGAUACACAGAAAUCAUCUUCAAAGGCAAAGUGGAAGACAGGAAGUUCCUGGCGUUGUACAUCAAAGACGAGGUCGUGGUCGCGGCCGCCAGCCUGAUGUUCGACCCCGCCGUGGCUCGUCUGGCGGAGCUGAUGGCGACCGGCCGGAUCAUAACGAGGGCCGAGGCUCAUUUCCACAGACAUGAGGGAAACCUGGAUGACUUCAAAGUCAUGUAAACACACACACACACACAGAGCUGACGACCUGAGCUGGCUGCACAUGUGAAACAGCAGCUCUCCUCAAUGGGAUUAUAAUCUGGGAUUAUUAUUAUUAUUAUUAACCAACGAACAGAAAUACGUACAAACAUGUUUUAACUUGAAACUUCUACGACUCCAUAAACACUCAAUUUAAUAGCAUUUUGUAGCAUCGUCAUCGUUGGGUAAUGCUAAUAAUGAUGUAAUGUUUCUUUUCAUACUAGUUUAUUCACUUAAAACUUUCUGGAAAUACACAAACCACGACACUCAACGCAGUUAAGAUGCUGGUGUUUAGUUUUAUUAGAUAAGUUUAGAUUUGAUUCGAUAUUCAUUUAUUUGUCCCAGAGGGGAAAUGUCAGGAUCACAGCAGCGGGUGCACAUUAGAGCAUUAAUUUAAAAAAAUUAAAAAAACACACUAAGAAUACGAAAUACUAAAUAUACAGAGGAAACUAAAUCUAUACACAAGGCAGUGACCAAAGUGAGUUUCCAGCAGGUUAAAAUAAAGCGCUGGAUUAUGCCGGAUACUUUGUGGUGCAUAAUUUAAGUGCAGAUAUGAAAUGCUCCAGACUUGGAUGGCUCUUCUCUGUUUGUUCUCACAUUGUUUGUUACACUGAUUUCCAAUAAAUGACGAGUCAUCAGUC